UAUAUCACUCUGUAUAGGUCGUACAACUAUUGUUAUUGCUCAUCGUUUGACUACAAUUCAAAAUGCUGAUCAAAUAUAUGUAUUAGAUAAUGGAAGUGUCAUUGAGCAGGGUACACAUGAAAUAUUGAUGACAAAAGAAGGAGGCAAAUAUCAAACGAUGGUCAAACAUCAACAAACGCAAGGAAUUGAUGAUGAAGACGAUAAUAUGAUGAACAUACAAAGAGCAGAAGAAGAAGAUGAAAAAUUGAUAUCAGGAUCGAAAUUGACACAACGUAUACGUUCGAAAGCUUUUGCAUGCCUUCUUCGUCAAGAAGUUGCUUACUUCGAUCGACCUGAAAAUAGUUCUGGUGCGAUUAGUAAUCGUCUUUCUUCUGAUACAGCAUCGAUUCAAGAGAUGACUGCAGGAUCGAAAUUAACUAAACGAAUUCGUUCGAAAGCUUUUGCAUGCCUUCUUCGUCAAGAAGUUGCUUAUUUUGAUCGACCUGAAAAUAGUUCUGGUGCAAUUUUUUUUCGACUUUCUUCUGAUGUAUUAGCCAUUCAAGAGAUGAUUGGUACGCGAUUAAGUACCAUCUGUCAAAUUCUUGCAAUGUCGGCUUUUGGAUUUCUAUUUGGAUAUAUCAUAAGUUGGCAAUUAACAUUGAUCGUUUUUGGUAAUCUGUUUAUUGUAUCCGUAGCCACCUAUGGAGAUGUGUCUUUACGUAUAUGGCUGCAUCAACAAUCUGGUCAAAUCGUUGAACGAGCAAGUACAAAUUAUACACUGGCAUUUGUCUAUUGGCGUGGUCUCAUCCUUGUUGAAAAGAAUGAACUCACAUCGAAUCAUAUUAUAAUAUCUUAUCGUAUCGCUGAAUCAAUUUCGGCUGCUGAAACGUUUUUUGAUUUAUUUGAUCGAGAACCAGCUAUCGACAAUACAUCUACUGAAGGGCAAGAAUUGCUUCUUGAUGGCAUUGAUAUUCGAAAACUAAACCUUCAUUCGAUUCGUUCUCAUUUCGGUCUUGUCGGUCAAGAACCAAUUUUGUUUGAUUUAACAAUUGCUGAAAAUAUAGCAUAUGGUUUAGAAAAUAUUCCCAUGGAAGACAUUAUUAAUGCAGCAGGUAAAGCUAAUAUUUAUCAAUUCGGUUAUGAAACAAAAGUAGGGUUGAAGGGUAGUUUUCUAUCAGGCGGUGAGAAGCAGCGUGUUGUCAUUGCUCGAAUUCUUCUUCGUCGACCUAAAGUAUUACUCUUGGAUGAAGCUACAAGUGCAAUGGAUCCACAUAAUGAACAAAUUGUACAAGAAACUCUUGAACAUGCACACACAGAGGAUCCUACUCGAACAUCACUCAUUGUUGCUCAUCGUCUUUCAACAAUUAGUUCAUGCGAUUCGAUUUGUGUACUUGAUUAG